GCUAAAUUUUCCAAAAUGGUACUGGGCUCGAAUCUGUGGGUUACGGACGGGUCAGCCCCUGAUUAUCCCAACAAAAAGCAAAGAAAACACUCUCUCUCUCUCUCUCUCUCUCUCUAUCUCUAGUCUCUCCGAGGAUCAGUUGCCAUCUCUGCAUGAGCUUCGAAGGAUCUUCAGCUUAAAAAUCUCAAUGAUUCAGUAAGUUUCCUUUUUUUGAGUUUUUAUUUUUAUCCCCAAAUCAGGUCCUGCUCUUUAUUUUUAUAUUUUGAAGCUUCUAAUUUACGCUGCUCGAUUUGUCCUAUUAUUCGUUGUGCUUUGUGCCCAUUUCUAAUUGAAAAUGAGACCUUUCAAAAAAAAAAAGAAAAUGAGACUUUAUUGGAUUUAAUUGAAUCCGAUUUUUCUCUUCACUUGCCCAAACAAAAUAACAAAACAGUUUUAUGUGGUUACUAAUUUCAGGUUUGUAUUGCUAAUUUGCUACUUUUUAAUAAGUAGGUUUGUAUUGCUACUUUAAUGUAGUUGUUUAUGUAUCUAUUUUGGUGCUCUCAUUCUUAGACCUUUCUAUCUCAUUUUCUCAAAGCAGGAUUGCUUUUAAUUUAUGUCAGCUGGGUUCUGCUCUUUCUUCUGUUCUCUGGAUACCCAAACACUAUAAAGUGAAAAUUAUUAGACUAUAACGAGUGAUCAGGAGUUUUUUCCAUUAAUUAUGAAACGAAACACGUAGUUAAAUGAGUCAAAGUAUCUAUUUCAAUAUCAAACCGCAUACAAAUUAAAAAAAAAAAAAAAAUUUGAAAAAAACUAUAGAAGAAAAAAGGAAAGCAUAAAAACUUAAUAGACAAUUAUUUAUUAAAAAAAAAACUUUAUAGAAGAUAUUUGGACUUGAGCAUCGAAUGGUGGAGGUGGAAUUGAAUUCCAGCACAAAUGACCAGGAGGCAGAGUUAGAGACAAAAGGGGUAUGGAGGCAGACAUGAAGUUUUAGGUCUUUAGUAUUCUUAAUUUUAGUUCUAAGUAAUAUCAAGGUGACUAUGUGUUCGUAUCAAUUAUAUGAAUAAUCAUUCAAUUUUUAUAAUUAAAUUUUUUUUUUCUGUUCUAUAAUUGUUAUAAUGCUGAAUGGCAUUUUUUGGAUAUGUGUUUGAUUAGUCGUUUUGUUUGCAUUUAUAUCAAAAUUGGGUAAAUUUCUAAUUCUGUUCUUUUUGCAAUUUUCAUGUCUUUAAUGUCAUGGAAUGCAUAUUACCUAGUUUGAUUACUAUUUCUAGGAUUUGUUAAGUUUAUUUACAAUUACCAAUGGCUACUCCUGUGUUUCCUGUACCUCUGCAUUGAAUAUCAUGGACAUGAGAUCUUAUCUUGGAUUAGGCUCCAUUUGUAUAAUUUUAGUAUAUGAGAAUGGAGAGAUCAUAUUUCUAAAUUUGAAUGUUGCAGUGGAUCCUGAACUUGUUGUGAGCAUUGAUGAUGGGGAAUUCGAUAACUCUACUGAUGUUGAGCUUGAGCUUUGUAAAGAUGUAACAGUGAUUAGACAUUCAGUUGAGGAGACAUCUUUUACUGAUCAAAAUGAUAAAAUAAGUCAUGGUUCUUCUAUGGAGGAGAUUACUAUCUUUGAAGGUGGCGAGCCAUAUGUGGGUCAGGAAUUUGAGUCUGAAGAGGCAGCACAUGCUUUUUACAGUGCAUAUGGCAUGCGUGUUGGUUUCGUUACUCGGAUAAACUAUCUCUCUCGCUCUAAACUCGAUGGAUCCAUUAUUGGUAGAACUCUUGUCUGUAACAAAGAAGGUUACAGAAAACCUUACAGGAUUGACAAGAAAAAUUCAAAGCCACGAAUUGCCACUAGGAUGGGUUGCAAGGCAAUGCUUUCAGUAAGGAAACUAAGUACUGAAAAAUGGGUUGUGACAAAGUUUGUGAAGGAGCACACUCAUGCGUUGACUACAGGGAACGCUCAAAGUAUAUUGACCAAUACUCAAAUCCCGAAUGAAAAUGUGAAAAUUCAAGAAUUAACUCAACAACUGCUCCUUGAGAGAAAGCGCUCUGCUUCACUUAGAAAAGUUAUAGACCUUUUAUUCAGUCACAUUGAACAGCACGCUGAAGACCUAUCAAGAAGGGUACAACAUGUAGCUGACCAGGUAAAGGAAAUUGAAUCUGGAAGGAAAACCCCUCAAAACUGUAGAUAAUGUCGCCAUUUGUAACUAACAUUUUGUAUAUUAUCACAUUGGCCUUUCUUUGGAACAUGUAAUCUUGAAUAUCAAUUUAGUAGCUUUUCAUCUGUU